CCACUCAAAGAUAUCCCAAUUUUGAAUCCACAUUCUCUCUUAUCCCCUCUGAUCCAAUUCACCACCCUUCUCGGUUCACACCCUCACCGAAUGGAAAAGAAGGUAAGGAAUUUUCAGCGUUGAAAAUCCUCACCCCCCCCUUUCCACAUUUUUGGUGUGGGCAUGAUCUGUAGCACUAAUUUGAAUCUUUGGAAUAAACCCUUCCAGGGGGGAAAACCAAACCAAAACCACCAUGCAUAGUAACAUGCCCCUUAAGGCACCCUAACCUAAUUAAUAUUCCUUCACCAUGAUGUCCUGUGUUUCAAUAACAGAUAACACACGUUAAUCAUAUCACAUCACCACAAAAUUUUACAUAUGAAAAAUAAGUACAUGGCUUGUUCUUAAAGAAAAGGAAACCAUGCAAGCGGUACCACGUUAAUGUUUGGUUGUUUUUCUUUUUUUUUCAUUGUUUUGUUAUUAUUAUAGAUGGAGAGAUUAGAGAGGAGGAGCAAGAAGGAGGAAGUGAAAGAAAAGAAAAAGAGCCGAAAGUUUGAGUUAACGUUGAUGUUGGGUGGCCAGAACCAAAAGAAAGAGGUGGUUGACGACGACGACGUAUCGGUAUCGCCGAGGGAUGUGUUUGGGGUUCCUAUUUUAGGGAUGGAUUCAGAUAGCACGGGGAGCAGCAACUACGGCGGGCCGGGGUCGCCAGGCCUUGGCCAGAAGCAUAGCCAGCAGUGGAGGGCGAUGAUCGAUGUUUUGAGGUUCAAGUCCGUUAGGAGAUUCUCAACGAUCCCGUUGCUUGCAGCGAGCUACGAGAUCUCGAGGAAGAGCCUAAGGAACAAGCUGGCGCGUAUUCUACCCGCGAAUGAAGAAGACGAUGAUUUGAAUCUUGGAAUUGACAUUGAUGACAUUUCCACCAAGCCUUCUUGGAGGAACUUCAGUUAUGCUGACCUUGCCGCUGCCACAGACGAUUUCAGCCCUGUGAACUUGCUUGGAAAAGGUGGUCAUGCUGAAGUCUACAAAGGAUGCUUAGCAGAUGGUCAAGUCGUAGCCGUAAAGAGGCUAAUGAGGAAUGAAAAAGAAAUUGAGGGCAAAGCUGGUGAUUUCUUGACAGAGCUUGGAAUCAUCGCUCACAUUAACCAUCCCAAUGCAACACGCUUGAUUGGGUUUGGGAUCGACAAUGGUCUCUACUUUGUUCUACAAUUGGCCCCACAUGGCAGCCUUUCCUCUUUGCUCUUUGGUUCUGAAUGUUUAGAGUGGAAGAUAAGGUUUAAAGUAGCUGUUGGGGUGGCAAAAGGGUUGCAGUAUCUCCACCACGAUUGCCCAAGAAGAAUCAUUCACAGAGACAUCAAAGCCUCAAAUAUUUUACUCAACCAAAAUAAUGAAGCUGAGAUUUCAGAUUUUGGAUUGGCAAAGUGGCUCCCAGAUAAGUGGGCCCACCAUGUUGUCUUCCCAAUUGAAGGCACAUUUGGGUAUUUGGCUCCAGAAUACUUUAUGCAUGGAAUUGUGGAUGAGAAAACUGAUGUUUUUGCAUUUGGGGUUUUGUUACUGGAACUCAUAACAGGUCGUCGUGCAGUUGAUUCAAAUAGUAGGGAAAGUCUUGUGAUCUGGGCCAAACCCCUGCUGGAAGCAAAGUUGAUCGAACAAAUGGUAGACCCCAGAUUAGAACUGAAAUAUGAUCUGGCAGAAAUGAAGUGUGCCAUGGUAACGGCUUCCAUGUGUAUCCAUCACAUGUCCUCUAAGCGACCAUACAUGAAUCAGGUUGUGCAGUUACUGAAAGGGGAAGAGGUGCCUAUUGAACUCACACAAAAUUCAUCAGCUCCAAGAUCACACUUGAUAGAUGCAUGUGACUUGGAAGAUUAUACUUGCUCUAAUUAUUUGACUGACCUCAAUCGCCACAAGCAAUUACUCAUGGAGUGAUGCAAUGUGGGAGCUAUGUGCUGAAAGUUGCAUUUUGGGGUCGCAUGUUAUGUCUCUGUAUCUAUUGAAACUUAUGGAAAAAUAAUACUUGUAGCGGUGUGUUUUAGUGUGUGCACGACGCAUGUUGGUAUGAUUUUAAGGCAUGGCAAAAUAUCAUAGGGUUGUAAAUUGGCAUGCUUUUGUACUGUGCAUCAUUAGUCAAGAAGCAAUCAUAGUUUGUAUUGACUAACAUUAAGGACUAAAGGCCUCUGAACAACUAACUAUAUUUAAAGAAAACAAUCUGAUGUAAAAAUCUUGAAACAGAGAGCAUCUGUACUUUUUUUUUUUUUUAAUUCUGUAGUGACUAUAGUG